AAUAAACCUGAGCUCUCCGUGUAAAGCGUUGACAACCAUCCCGACGUUUCACGGCGAAUGAUUAUUAGUGGUUCAUUCAUUUGACUUCGUACUUCCUAGUUCACCGCUAAAUUAUUUUAACACUCGCCUCAUCAUUGGCAUACCACAAACUUGGUCGAGGUCCCGAAGUAUUAAUAUAACUAAUAGUCUUAACAGGAAAUUUGAGCAGAUUCAGUAUACACAACCUACCUCAUUUAUCUACCAUUUACGAUGGAUGAAGUUGUACCAGGAGUUUGGAUUGGAGAUCUGCAGAGCGCUUUGGAUGUCAAGGGGUUGAAGGAGAGAAACAUCUUCAGCAUUUUAACAGCGAUGCGGGGCAAAGUUACCAUUCAUGCGAUAUUUAACAGAUACCAAGUCAACGUUGACGAUAGUGCAAAUGAAGAUGUCCUCGUGCACUUUUUACCAUCAAUAUCAUUUAUCCAGAACGAGCUCGACAAGGGUCGUGGUGUACUCGUGCACUGCAUGGCUGGAAUCAGCAGAAGCGCAACGAUUGUCGCAGCGUACCUCAUGUACUCGUUGAAGCUCGACCCAGAAAGCGCUGUAGACAUGAUAAGGACAGUAAGGCCAUCGCUGAGUAAGCCAAAUGAAGGAUUUAUGGAACAACUUAAGGUGUUUCACCAAUCGUCAUACAAGUUCACGCGGCGUGAUAAGGCAACCCAUGGAGAUGGGACGAUUCCAGACAAUGCAAUGUUCGCCAAGCAUCCACGAACACCAUCUGAUUCUGUACCCAACACACCGAUGAUCGUACCAAGCCGUCGAAUACGAUGCAAGAUGUGCAGGCAAGAACUAGCGACGCGCGAGCACAUGCUCGAUCAUGGGCAACUAGGCCCACCAACGCCCGCUCUGCCCUCGCUAUCGCCUGCCACGUCGAGGCGCCCGUCUGCAAACGACCGCGGCACGUCCUCACGGCGACCGUCCAUGAGCCUCGGCGCGCGGGCGCUGAUGGAAUCGCUUUCGAUGUCAUCACUCUCAAUGUCAGCACUCGAUACGGAUGAUGAUCACGAGCCAGAUGAACCCAAGAACGGGCACACAGACGAUUUGCCUCCCCUUAGAGUUGACGUGAAGUCCUCGCGAUCAUCCUCAAUGUCAAUGGAAGGCCUCGGAAAGGACUUAUCGGACGCACUCGAUGCAUCUGUCGCCACCAAUGACGGCCCAUCAACAGGGACGACCACGCAAUCCGAGACGGUGCGUGUGCUGUCGCCUGUACAUGAGAGCCAGGAUACAUCGAAGACCGGUGGGCCGCUGCAGCCUCCGUUGGACCUGGCAGCUGAGCUGCACUCUCAUCCGAAACUCGCGGCGCUGCGCAUGCCUCCGUCGUUGAGUAUGACAGGGAUAAGAUCGUCGAUCAGUCCACCGAUCCUCAUGAAUCCCAAGUGUUCUGGGUAUUUUGUCGAACCAAUGAAAUGGAUGGAACCUUUUUUGGAGAGUGGCCAAUUAGCAGGGAAGAUUAUUUGCCCGAAGUGCAGUGCCAAGCUCGGCAACUAUGACUGGGCUGGCGUAUGCUGUAGCUGCAACAGUGAAUGGGUAACGCCAGGUUUUUGCAUACACCGAUCUAAAGUCGAUGAAGUAGUAAUGGGUUGAGCAGCGACGGAUCAAAUAUAACUUACUAUGUACUAGAUUUGAUUGUUUGAACUUACUCAGUAGAUGGCGAAUCGAAUGGAAUUGAGCAAAGGAG